GACGCCUUUUCGCAUGCAGCCAAUCCGAUGAGCUACAUCUCAUCCAGCCAAAAAGAAUCCAUAAAUCUUCACCCAAUCAUUUACAUUUCACCAAUCAAUUUAUCCACUUUGGGUAAAAGGCCCCCUUCCUUCUCUUGCUGUGCACGAAUUACGAUCGAUAUUACAGAUAUCGAGCCGGUCGGGAGGUUCUCUCAUUCCCUUUCCCCUUCAUUAUCCAUUCGGACCAUUCUCUCUAUUCGUGUCCAUCUCCAUUGUCCAUGUCCAUAUCCAUGACCAUGACCAUGACCAUUCUCCAUUCUCCAUUUCCCUAGCUGAUCGCUCAUGGCUCAUGGCUCAUGGCUCAUGGCUCAUGGCUCAUGCUCAUGCUCAUGCUCAUGCCUCGUCGCUCACGGCUCCUGGCUGGCUCACGUCUGGCUCACGUCUGGCUUGCGAUCGAUGGUCUAUGGCGGCUUCGGCUUCUUAGGGUUAAGUUAGGAUUUCUUCUUCCAUUCUUCCACAACUUCCACAACUUCCAUCAAUCCUUCUAGAUCUUAGCCUUGUUGAGCAAAAUUGAAUCCUGACCUGACCUGACCUGAUCCAAUCACCAUCCUCCGUCCUCCCAGAUAGCUAAAUUCAAACUCUCUUUCAACUUCUCAAUUUUACUUCCUCAAUCUUUCCCUCUCUCCCCCUUCCCUUUUUUUUCGGGGGGAUGUUCCAUUUCUUUCUCACCAAAAAACAGGGUAUUCGCUCCAUUUUCUCCCUUCUCGCUCCCGCUUCCUCGCUUCCUCUCUUCCUCUCUCCCAUUCUCCCUCUCUCCCUCUCGCCCUCUCGCCCUCUGCCCUCACGCUCGUCGUGCCACGGAUUUCCCUUCCCAAUUCUUUCUCGUAUUAUAUAUCUACCUGCCUACCUCCCCAGCGUAUAGCACACAGCUGAAUGCAUCUACCCAAACUAAUGAUCCAUUCACUUCAAUCAGUCUUUUCUUUCACAUAGACAAACGCACCGUCGAACCAGCAAACAAUCGAAGCAGAAGUGUACAAUAAAUAAAUAAAUAAAUAAAUAAAUCCAUCCACCGGCGACACACAACCGCCGCAGUCAACUGGACUCGACCUCGACUUAAACCCAAGGACUUUCCCUGAAGCGCUUCCCCUCCCCUUCCCCCAAAAAGACACACCUCACAAUUCUUGGAUCGCUUUUUUUCGAUAUCAACCUGAGAUCUUUUCUUCUCCUUCUUCUAUUGUUGUAUAGCGUAUAGCGUAUAUCACAUUUUAUAUUUUAUAUUUUACAUUCUACACUUCCAUUGCGACGACGAAAUACAAUCAAGAUCAUGUCCUUCUUUUGAUUUCCUGAUUCCCUUCUCUUCCCCUCCUUCUCCGGCAUUGUUCUCCCACACACACAUACAUAUACACAUACAUAUACACACACACACACACGCACACACGCACACACACACACACACACCACCACACAUAAAAUCACCGUAACGAGUACUCGCAAGUACUCGCACGAAUCGAACUGACUACUUUUUAUUUAUUUGUCUGAAAGCAAUUUGUGAGAAGAAGGGAUGAGAAGUUUAUGCUUCUCAGCCAGCACCCGCCUAUAUUCUGUAUAAUACCACACGCACUACACAAGAACCCACCACUCGCAAGAUACAUGCACUGCUGCUUCUGUCUGGGAAAGACGCAGAAUAGCCAUCGCGAAAAAGGAAGACUCGGAACUCAGAACUCGAACUCAGAACUCAAUACCACUACCACUACCACUACCACUACCCUCACCAUCCCAUUACCAAUCCCAGAAUCAGGAUUAGGAUCAAGAUCAGAGAUCAAAUUCAACCCAAAGCCCCUCUUUUCACUGCUAUCCACUCUUCGAUACUCAUUCCACAGUCAUCAACCAUCCAUCUGAACUCCAAUUAGUCGAAUUUCCACUUCCGUCACACUACAGAGUCCAGAACUACCUCGAUUCUCUAUUCCACGUACAGGGUUGCCCUGUCAUUGCGAAACACUUCCAAUCUACUUUAUUCCUUUUACGAGAUUCGGUUGCAUUUUCUUUCGUACCAAUUUCGAAAUUCCCUCGGUCCCUUCAUUCGCAAUUCGUCGCGCGAAUAAAAAUAUCGUCAUCGACUUUUCGUAGGAGAUACCGACAUCCGAAACAAAGACAUUGAAGCAUACGAAGGGGAAAACAAGGGAUUGAUUUUCACAACGAGACUCGGUCGAUCCAAAGCAAAAAGGCGCUGCGCUCGAGCCAGCUUGCCCCCGUGCGACACGGUAAUUGGGCUGUCGAGCUCAAUCAAUUGACUUUUUUCCUACUUUGCUUUUUUCCUGCCUACAUUGCCAUUUAAUAUUGGUCGAAAGCCCGCGGACAUUGGUGGUGAGCGGGUAUAUAGCUUUGGUGUUGUGGUGUGCGAAAGAUAGUGGCAGUAAUGGACUACGCCGCAUGCAACAUUGUCUACGUGGAUCGCAGAGCUCUCGAGGACAAAUUGGUGCGAAGAGAGGAUGUGGUGUCAAACGUCUCGACCUUGGAAAAUUCGGCCCCGACCACGGAUGGCGCGACGACACCACGAGCGAUCAAUCCGGUUGAUAGCAACGUGAACAUCUUGUUGACUUCUUUCACUGAAGUUCACGUGUGUACCUCGGGCAAGUCCUGCAUGUCGAAAGUUUCCGACCUAAAUCGCGAAUCGAUCGUGGAUUUAAUACCUACCCUCGUUUUAAUAGAGAUUCCGCACGAUGAUCAAGUAAAUGAGCGUCCUGCAAGGGAUGUCCGGACGCCGUCGCCCAGUUCCAAGCAACAGAAUGAUGGGAUGUUGGAUGAUGAUUUUGGGGAGGUAUAUGGAAUACAAUUAUUACAAUGGGUCGCAUCUGAAAUUCAACAACAACGCUUCUCGAAGCUCGUUGUCCCGGUCGCCGUGGUUUCCUCGUCGGAGCAAAGUCUUUCAAUGGGCUCGUCAAAAAAUCGUAUGAGUUCGAGGUCGGAACCCGCUCCUGCAACCGGAUAUGAUAUGGGCAAGCAAAAUCGAAAAUCGACUGGCAUCUACAUCCCAUUAGAUCAGAGAAGGACCAUGAAACUUUUAGACAUCGGAGCUUUGGACGUCAUAACCAGUCCUCUGUUACUAGAACGGUUACCCAGUUUGGCAGUUCACGCAUAUCGCGCGCACAAAGAUGCAUCCAAGGAUCACAGGGUAUUGUUGGAAAAGAAGAGGGGAAGGAAACGCUCGUGGGUUGGUGUUGAGGAUCAAAAACCUUAUGCAUAUUUAAGAGAAGAAAUGGUAUCUAGAUUGAUGGAAGGCAUUUGCACGCUUAAUAGUGAAGAAGUAGAAGAAUAUGGCCAAUGGAGAGUGACGGUUUCAUUAGAUCGGAGAGAAUUGAUCGCCCGAGCCAUCAGUUCUUGGCAUUUUUCGGCUCAUGAUUUUGAGGACGAUGAACUUCUUUACGCAUCAUCGUUAAUGUUCCAGCAUGCACUCUCUGUACCAGAAUUGGAGAAGUGGCGGAUAUCUACAGAAAACCUUACCGCAUUUCUCAUCACCAGCCGAGAAGCAUACAAUAGUUUUGUACCAUAUCAUAAUUUCCGACACGUUGUCGACGUUCUUCAAGCCAUAUUUCACUUCCUCGUCCGCUUAGGUAGCCUUCCAGAAUAUCCACCCAGCCCAGAUGGGACGACAAGUCAAAAAUCAUCGCCAAUUGCCGAACUCAUUAGACCAUUUGAUGCUCUUACCUUGAUGAUUACUGCCAUUGGCCACGAUGUAGGUCACCCUGGUGUCAACAAUGCAUUCCUUGUGCAUUUGAAUGCACCACUCGCUCAACUUUACAAUGAUCGAUCCGUCCUUGAAUCAUUCCAUUGCGCUGCUUACUCCCAAAUAUUGCGUCGCCAUUGGCUCGCGGCUUUCGAGGAGCGUGAUAUGCGACACCUCAUGAUAAGCACAAUCUUGGCAACAGAUAUGGGUUUGCAUUUCGAUUACAUGAAGAAGCUUGGCUAUCUUCAGGAGAAGCUACAUGAAAAUGGUGGUGUUACUGACGGUUGGAACGGUCGAACGAUCGAAGAUCAACGAACACUAGCCUGCUCUUUACUAAUCAAAUGUGCAGACAUAAGUAACGUGGCACGAAAAUUUGAUACCGCAACUCGAUGGACCGAAAUAUUGACUGACGAGUUCGCUCGUCAAGCAUCUAUGGAACAAGACUUGGGAAUACCAACGGCCUUGUAUGCGGCUCCUGUUCGAGAGGUCAUUGAACUUGGUAAAUCUCAAAUAGGGUUUAUGAAUAUGUUUGCCAUACCAUUAUUUGGUGGUGUGACUGAUGUCAUGCCUGGUAUGGCAUUUUGUGUCGAGGAAUUGGAGAGAAAUAAAGCUGCCUGGGAAAGCAGGAUAGCUUUAGAACAAGAGAGAAUGAGACAAGAAGAUGGUUUCUUAGGACUUCCUGAUAGUAUGCACUCAGGCAUGCGCUCUCCUCGUACGAUGAGCGUUGCCCAACCUUCUCAAGAUGAAUCUGCUAGCCAAGACGUCGCUUCGAGAUUGGGUGAGCCCUCAAACAUUCGUGUCCAAGCAAUGCUUAACAAAGGCCCAUUUCGACAAAAUUCAAAUGAUGAAUCGCCCAAAGGUACGAGACAGGGGACAAUAGAACUUCCCCAGUCAGCGACCUUGCCUGAUCGAAGAUCAUCAAAACCCAGUUACCUUCAACUGAGUUAUGCAACCGCAAGUGCGCCAGGACUUCUCGAUCAUUCCAGCCAGGAUGUAGAAAUCUUCGCAAAUGGAGAUCGACAAAUCAAUGGUGUGCUAGUUCAGCCAUCCCUUUCUACGGAUGUGGUAGUGGUAGAUCCACCCACGCCUAGAGAAUUCAUAUCGCCAAACCAGAGAAUUAGUGAAACUACUACUGAAGGUAGCAAUUCAGGUUCUGCUGGAGAAUGGUCUGCAGGUGCAGCAACGAACAACAAAAGCCCAUUUUCACCUAGCACUCAAGCGACGAGCUUUGCGAGCGAAGAUUCGAAUAAUGAUAGAGCUGUCACACCUACUCACGCAUCUCCACUAAUUAAUAGUUCGAGUCAUUCUUCCGCAGGCUAUGAUAAAUCAAAUCAUUCUACAAACGAUGGAUCGAGUUUGCCCGAAGCGAGUUCGGAUCUUAAAGUCUUAGCGGAGACAGGGAGAAAUCUGAAAAAGAAGCCCAGCCGGUUCAGAAUGAACGGAUUACAUUUCUGGAAGAGGAAAAAUGGUAAUCCACCAAUGCCAGCCGGGAUGCCGGAUAAGCAGGAGUCUGAUGGGACUGCGGGUUGACGCGAAGCAAAAAAAAGAAGUAACACGAGAAUGAAAUGCACAACUCGACGAAUUCACUGACGAUAAUGUUUUGAGAUGAGAUUAAGAUUUUGGUACGGCAAUCGGAGAUGUUUUGUUCAGGUUCUUGUUUGUAUGAUUAUUUUAUUUGUUUCUGUACAUUGUACACGUUGUGGUCAUUUGUUUUUGAGGUAUUCUUUUCGAAUCUUGCCACCUCCAAGGGUAAACGAGGUAUAAAAUACCUCUCUGUGUUUAUGGGUUGAUUCAAAACAAAGACGGGAUUGGCGUUUUAACUUUUCUUUCCUUUUUUGCCUUCUACUUCUUCUUCUGGCAUGGGGAUGGAAGAUGGAUGGGUUUCAAAUCCUCCAGAUCGAUUUGAAAGGUGUGGGUGGCGUUCGACUUUUAUUUUUUAUUUAUAACUUUUUUUUAUGUUAAUGGAUGGUUGGUUUGGUGCCUGGUGGAUGCAUGUUUGCAUGGAAGGAUGCUGAUUGCCAUCGGGGAAAUUGGGGAAAGGGGAGAUGGGGGAGGAGAGGAAACGACGUUUUAUAUCCAAGUUGGUAGGCAGGUUAGACUUUUGGGCUUCUAGGCCAGGGAGGGGGAGAAUAUAGGAUGGGAUGGAUGGUAAUACAUCUGGGGAUGGGACUUUUAAGUAUGGUUUGGAGCUAGGCUUGGGGCAUUCUUUUUCUGAGAGGGUAGUGAGGGAUUCGUAGAGAAGGAGAGGAAGAUAGUUGCACGCGUGAAUCUCAUGUCGAGUAUCUUGCUAUGAAGUGAAGGGGAUGACAGGGAUUGAGGAAAAGAAAUGGAAGAAUGAAGGAAAGCAGAUUAAAAUUUCAAUCCAACUCAUUUUAAUGCUUUGCUUUGUACUAAAGCGCGAGCAAAAUCAGCAAGCAAAGAAUCAUUCAAUCAACGGUUCAACA